AUGUGUUCCUUAGUUUUAGAGGUGAAGAUACAAGGACAAGUUUCACAGGCUCUCUCUAUCAUGGCUUACACCAAAAGGGUAUCAAUGUUUUCGUUGAUGAUGAGAAGCUUAGAAGAGGAGAACAAAUAUCUCCAUCUCUUAUCACAGCCAUUUGAAGAAUCUAGGAUUUCAAUCAUUGUGUUUUCCGAAAACUAUGCUUCCUCAACUUGGUGUCUUGAUGAGCUUGCCAUGAUUCUUGAGUGUUGGAAAUCAAAAGGACAGUUGGUUUUUCCGGUUUUCUACUAUGUUGACCCUUCUUGGAUUAGGCAUCAAAGAGGAAGCUUUGGAAUAGCAAUGGCUAAACAUGAAGUCACAUUCAAGGGUGAUGCUCAAAGGUUGAACAAGUGGAAAAAAGCUUUGUUUGAUGCAGCCAAUUUGUCAGGUUGGAGCUUAAAAAAUGGCCAUGGGUAUGAAUAUGAGCUUAUCCUAAGGAUCAUUGAUGAGGUUUGUAGCAAAUUAAAUAACACCCUUUUGCAUAUUGCGGAGCAUCCGGUUGGACUAGAAACUCGCAUAUCCGAAGUAAAAUCACUUUUGCAAUUUGAAAAGCCUAUUGAAGAAGUUUCUUUCUUUGGAAUUCAUGGACAUGGAGGAAUAGGCAAAACAACAAUUGCAAGAGCAUUGUACAACUCAAUUGCUAAUCACUUUGAAGUCACUAGUUUUCUUACUGAUAUAAGAGAAAGUUCAACUCAAAGACAAGGCUUAGUUCAACUUCAAGAAACACUUCUUUAUGAAACAGUUGGUAAAAAAAACAUUAAGCUAGGAAAUGUUUAUAAAGGAAUUCCAAUUAUAAAGAAGAGAUUAUGUUGCCAAAAAGUACUUUUGAUUCUUGAUGAUGUUGAUAAGUUUGAACAGCUUCAAGCAUUAGCAGGAGGACGCGAUUGGUUCGGUUUCGGAAGUGUAGUAAUCAUAACAACAAGAGAUAAACAGUUGUUAGCUUCUCAUCUAGUUGAUAAAACAUAUGAGGUAAAGAAAUUGAAUCAUGAAGAAGCUUUUGAACUCUUUACAUGGAAUGCAUUCAAAAGAAAAGCAAGUGAUAAGGAGUAUAUGGAGAUUUCGAACAACGUUGUGCUUUAUGCUGAAGGACUUCCAUUGGCUUUGAAAGUGAUGGGAUGUAAUUUGUUUGGUAAAACAGUUGAUGAAUGGAAAUCUGCAUUGGCGAAAUACGAAAAGAUUCCUAAUAAAGAAGUUCAAAAUGUACUUAGAGUCACUUUUGAUAAUUUAGAAGAGAAUGAAAAGGAGAUUUUCUUGGAUAUAGCUUGUUUCUUCAAGGGUGAGACUGUUGAAUAUGUCGAAAAGACACUUCAAGCUUGUGGCUUCUUUCCGAAAUUCGGUAUCAGUGUACUUACGGAUCGAUCUCUUGUGAGUAUUGAUGAAUAUAAUCUAUUGAGAAUGCACGAUUAG